CCCUCUGGCUGAGACCGCGGCUCCGGCCCCAUAGAAGCACCACUCCGCAGUCACCCCUCACCCCGAGUCAGGCCCCAGGUGGUGCCAGCCCCCCACACCCCGGGCAGAAUGGGCAAGGAGAAGACCCACAUCAACAUCGUGGUCAUCGGCCACGUGGACUCGGGCAAGUCCACCACAACUGGCCACCUCAUCUACAAAUGCGGGGGCAUUGACAAGAGGACCAUUGAGAAGUUUGAGAAGGAGGCAGCCGAGAUGGGGAAGGGUUCCUUCAAGUACGCCUGGGUGCUAGACAAGCUGAAGGCAGAGCGUGAGCGCGGCAUCACCAUCGACAUCUCCCUGUGGAAGUUCGAGACCACCAAGUACUACAUCACCAUCAUCGACGCCCCGGGCCACCGCGACUUCAUCAAGAACAUGAUCACUGGCACAUCCCAGGCUGACUGCGCAGUGCUGAUCGUGGCUGCGGGCGUGGGAGAGUUUGAGGCUGGCAUCUCCAAGAACGGGCAGACGCGGGAGCACGCCCUGCUGGCUUACACCCUGGGCGUGAAGCAGCUCAUCGUGGGCAUCAACAAGAUGGACUCCACGGAGCCGCCCUACAGCGAGAAGCGCUAUGACGAGAUUGUCAAGGAGGUCAGCGCCUACAUCAAGAAGAUCGGCUACAACCCAGGCACCGUCCCCUUUGUGCCCAUCUCUGGCUGGCACGGUGACAACAUGCUGGAGCCCUCCCCCAACAUGCCGUGGUUCAAGGGCUGGAAAGUGGAGCGCAAGGAGGGCAACGCCAGUGGUGUGUCCCUGCUGGAGGCCCUGGACACCAUCCUGCCCCCCACGCGCCCCACCGACAAGCCCCUGCGCCUGCCGCUGCAGGAUGUGUACAAGAUUGGAGGUAUUGGCACGGUGCCUGUGGGCCGUGUGGAGACAGGCAUCCUGCGCCCUGGCAUGGUGGUGACCUUCGCGCCCGUAAACAUCACCACGGAGGUGAAGUCGGUGGAGAUGCACCACGAGGCACUGAGCGAGGCCCUGCCCGGCGACAACGUCGGCUUCAACGUGAAGAACGUGUCCGUCAAGGACAUCCGCCGGGGCAACGUGUGUGGGGACAGCAAGUCGGACCCACCACAGGAGGCCGCCCAGUUCACCUCCCAGGUCAUCAUCCUGAACCACCCUGGGCAGAUUAGUGCUGGCUACUCACCGGUCAUUGACUGCCACACGGCCCACAUCGCCUGCAAGUUUGCGGAGCUGAAGGAAAAGAUUGACCGGCGCUCUGGCAAGAAGCUGGAGGACAACCCCAAGUCCCUGAAGUCCGGCGAUGCGGCCAUUGUGGAGAUGGUCCCGGGAAAGCCUAUGUGUGUGGAGAGCUUCUCCCAGUACCCGCCUCUCGGCCGCUUCGCCGUGCGCGACAUGCGGCAGACGGUGGCCGUGGGCGUCAUCAAGAACGUGGAGAAGAAGAGCGGCGGGGCCGGCAAGGUCACCAAGUCGGCGCAGAAGGCACAGAAAGCGGGCAAGUGA